AUGUCCGUUCUUAGGGAGAUAUUGGAUAAACUUGGUGGGCCCACCAUUGAAUGUUCGCGUGUCUGGAAACCGAAGAAAAGCCCAGUCCGUCAGGUUGCCUCUCUCUCUACCCUGUACGUCCUUGAUUAUAACUCCCGUCUCCAUGAGUUGGGCCUCCAUGCUGGACCACCAACACUCACCCUUGGAGGUCAAACCCUUACCUUCUCAAAUGGCCAAUGGGUGAGUUCUGAGUCCAUGCAGAACUCACAGGAAAGAUUCAGAACUCGCAAUCUGCGCAGAAAGAUCCACAAACUGCAGAUGGAGAACAAAGAGCUGAAGCUACGUGUGGAGGUUCUGAUGGACAUGCUGACACACACUGUAAUCCAUCUGCAGGCUCUGGAGAACCUGCAGAUCCAAUCAGACAGUUGA